UUUCCUGUAAGUGAAAAGUCUUGUGUCUGUCCGUCUCACGUGCUGUGUGUGUCCGUAGCCUCAUUCUGUGCUGUCUGGCAGAGAGCUCCAUCUCAUCUCAUCUCAUCUCAUCUCAUCUCAUCUCGGCCCCAGCUCUGUCUCAGCAUGGCCAUCUCAUCACGCCUCGCCCUGUGGGAACAGAAGAUUCGAGAAGAGGACAAGAGCCCCCCACCGUCCUCCCCUCCUCCCCUUUUCUCUGUCAUCCCAGGAGGCUUCAUUAGGCAAUUGGUCCGGGAGACUGAGAAAGAGUCCAAGGAAGCGAGACGGAGGAAACAGGCAGUGCUUGCCUCUCCAGAACAAGAGACCCCAGCAAUUUCCACUCAUCAACCCAACAGUGACACCCCAUCUGGAAGCCAGAAAAUUUCCCAGGGCACCCAGGCGAGCUCUCCCCAGAACUCAAACAUUCCGGUCAAGGAGAGCGAGAGGGGCGACCCCACGAGCCCCGUGGUGAUGACCACCAUCAAUGGUGAGAAGCCCCAGGAAUCGAGCCCCAGUGGGGCUCCAGCCAAAAAACCUCUGCCCUUCAAAAGGGGUGUGAGGAGAGGUGACGUGUUGCUGAUGGUGGCCAAGCUGGACCCAAGGACCCAGGCCCAGGAUGCCCCCACCUGCAAGACCUCACCCCCAGCCACAGACCCUGGAGGGGAAACAAAGGGGGAGACCCCACUGACUCCUCGUGGCCCCCAGGCCAGCCCUGAGGAUGCAGCCCCAAAGGCUGAGAAGACCCAGACUGGGGGUGUUGGGGACCUGGGAACUGAGCUACUGACUAAAGGCAAGAAAGAUCAAGGCACAGCAGAGAAAGGGGGUGGGGUCCCUCAGACCAAAGGGCCAAAAGAGGGUGAACCCCAGGGCAAAGAGGGGCCAGGUGAAAAGGGGCGACCAGGGACAGUGGAGAAGGGGGGAGGGGACCCCCCAACCAAGGUGGCAAAGGGGAAUCUUUCCAAGGGUGCGGGGGGUGAAGGGAAGUUGGCUGGGGUCCCUAUCCAGGUGAAAAAGUGGGGAGGUUCCGUAGGCAGAAGAAGCAGGUGGGACUGCCCCCCGAGGAAGAAGGACAAAGAAAGUACACUCCUCAAUAAGGCGGAGAAGACAGAUGAACCUCAGCUCAAGGCAGAGAAGAUGGACAAAGAGCUUGGGAAGGUGGAGAAGGUGGGGGAGGCUCCCAGAGUGAUGGAGAAAGCAGGCGGACCUCAGAGGGAGUCUGGGGAGGCAGGCGAAGCUAGGAGUAAGACAGAGAAGGGCUGUGAGGCCCCCAAGGAGGUGGAUGCACGCAGGGAGACCCCAGGGGUUUCUGGGCAGGAGGGCCAGCCAGACAGCAGAGGGCAGGAAACAGAGACGCCCAGUGCAAGAGUGGAUGACGGGGCCGCCAAGGUCCCGGGGACAGAGCUGGAAGGACCCAGACCCCCUGCUCCAGAAAACCACGCAAAACAGCCCCAGGCGCAGGAGAACCAAGAGGGGCCAGCCCUGCAGGAGGGGGGCAAAGGACAGCAGAGCAGAGACUCGGACCAGGCUCCUGAGGACAGAUGGUAUGAGGCAGAGAAAGUCUGGCUGGUUCAGAAGGAUGGAUUUACUCUUGCAACAGUGCUGAAGCCAGAUGAGGGAACAGCUGACCUGCCAGCAGGAAGGGUGCGACUUUGCAUUGAUGCUGACAAAACCAUCACAGAAGUGGAUGAAGAGCAUAUUCACCGGGCCAACCCCCCCACGCUGGACCAGGCCGAAGACCUGGCCUCCCUGGUCAGUGUGAACGAAUCAAGCGUCCUGAACACGCUUCUGCACCGCUUCCGGGCUCAGCGGCCACACACCUGCACUGGGCCAGACCUGAUCGUCCUCCAGCCCCGGGGGCCCCCAGCACCCUCCGCAGGCAAGGUGCCCAGGGGCCGCCAGGAUGGCCUGCCUGCUCACAUUGGCUCCCUGGUCCAGCGGGCAUACUGGGCGCUGCUGAGCCAGCGGAGAGACCAAAGCAUUGUGGCCCUGGGCCGGAGCGGCGCUGGGAAGACCACCUGCUGUGAGCAGGUCCUCGAGCACCUGGUGGAGAUGGCAGGCAGUGUGGAUGGCAGUGUCUCAGUGGAGAAGAUUCGAGCCACCUUCACCGUCCUCCGGGCCUUUGGCUCCGUGUCCACUGGCCACAGCCAUAGUGCCACCCGCUUCACCAUGGUGAUGUCACUGGACUUCAAUGCCACCGGCCGAGUGACAGCUGCACAGCUCCAGACGAUGCUUUUGGAGAAGAGCCGUGUGGCACGGCAGCCAGAAGGGGAAGGCAACUUCGAGGUCUUCUCCCAGAUGCUAGCGGGAUUGGACCUGGAUCUCAGGACAGAGCUGCACCUGCACCAGAUGUCAGACCACAACUCCUUUGGCAUGGGCACCUGGCCUAAGCCUGAAGACAAGCAGAAGGUGGCGGCCGCCUUCACCCAGCUGCAGGAUGCCAUGCAGACACUGGGCAUUUCGGAGAGUGAGCAGCGAGCCAUUUGGCGCGUACUGGCAGCCAUCUACCACCUGGGCGCGGCAGGGGCCUGCAAAGUGGGCCGGAAGCAGUUCAUGCGGUUUGAGUGGGCAAAUCACGCGGCAGAGGCCCUGGGCUGUGACUAUGAGGAGCUGAACACAGCCACCUUCAAGCACCACCUGCGACAGAUCAUUGAGCAAGUGACACAUGGGCCCAGCCGACGGGACCUUAUGGACGAAGAGACCAACUCAGGGCUCAAAAUGACGGGCGUUGAGUGUGUGGAGGGGAUGGCCUCAGGCCUGUACCAAGAGCUCUUUGCCGCCGUGGUCUCACUCAUCAACAGAUCCUUCUCCUCCCAUCACCUCUCCCUGGCCUCCAUAAUGGUGGUGGACUCUCCAGGCUUUCAAAACCCACGGCACCAGGGCAAGGAGCGGGCCGCCACCUUCGAGGAGCUGUGCCACAAUUAUAUUCACGAGCGCCUGCAGCUGCUUUUCUACCAGCGGACCUUCGUCUCCACACUGGAGAGAUACCGACAGGAAGGAAUUCCUGUGCAGUUUGAGCUCCCGGAGCCAUCCCUGGGGACCACAGUGGCCCUUAUGGAUCAGACUCCUUCCCAGGUCCGCUUACCAGUUGGAGGAGGUGCUGAGGAUGCCAAGGGCCUUUUCUGGGUCCUGGAUGAGGAGGUUCGGGUGGAGGGCUCCAGUGACACUGUGGUGCUCGAGCGUCUCUGUGCAGCCUUCGAGAAGAAAGGAGCUGGGGCCGAAGGGACCUCUGCCCUUCGGCCGUGUGAGCAACCCCUCCAGUGUGAGAUUUUCCACCAGCGGGGACACGACCCUGUGCGCUAUGACCUCACGGGCUGGCUCCACAGGGCCAAGCCCAACCUCUCGGUGUUGAAUGCCCCCCAGGUCCUGCAGCAGUCAAAAAGGGAGGAGCUGAGGAGCCUGUUUCAGGCCCGGGCCAAGCUGCCCCCUGUGUGCUGGGCUGUGACAGGCCUGGAGGGUACCUCCCAGCAGGCCCUGCAGAGAAGCCGCGCCGUGAGAAAGGCCUUUGCCAGUGGCUUUGCAUCGGUGAAGAGGAAAGCCCCGUGCUCCCAGAUCAAGCUACAGGGGGAUGCAUUGGCCAGUGUGAUCAGACGGUCUCAGUUACACUUCAUCCACUGCCUGGUGCCGAGCCCAGCGGUGGAAAACAGGGGUGUGCAGCGGGCUCCUACCCCACCGCAGCCUGGUGGGGACAAGCCUGGGGCAAUUGGGCCCCUGCCCGUGGACAUCCCAGCGCUGAGAGUCCAGCUUGCAGGCUCCUACAUCCUGGAGGCACUACGUCUGCACAGGGCAGGCUACGCUGAUCACAUGGGGAUCACUCGGUUCCGUAGACGAUUCCAGGUGUUGGACCCUCUGCUCACAAAGAAGCUCAUGUUGGUCACCGAGGGAAUAGACGAGAGGAAGGCUGUGGAAGAGCUCCUGCAGACCCUGGAUCUGGAGAAGAAGGCCGUAGUUCUGGGACCCAGCCAAAUUUUCCUUAAAGCAGGCGUGGUCUCCAGGCUUGAGAAGCAGCGAGAGAAGCUGGUGUCACACAGCAUUGUUUUGUUCCAGGCGGCCUGCAGGGGCUUUCUGUCUCGCCAGGAAUUCAAGAAGCUGAAGACCCAUCGGCUGGCCACACAGUGCAUCCGGAAGAACAUGGCUGUGUUCCUGGCGGUCAAGGACUGGCCGUGGUGGCAGCUCCUCGGUUCCCUCCGGCCCCUGCUGAGCGCCACCAUCGGAAAUGAGCAGCUCCGUGCCAAGGAGGAUGAGCUUACGAUGCUGAGACAGAAGCUAGAAAAAUCAGAGAAGUCUCGGAAUGAGCUCCGGCAGAACGCAGACCUGCUAGAGAGCAAGUUUGCUGAUUUGACCACCGAGCUCGCCGAUGAACGCUUCAAAGGAGACGUGGCCUGCCAGGUGCUGGAAAGUGAGCGGGCAGAGCGGCUGCGGGCCUUCCGGGAGGUCCAGGAGCUGACGAGCAAGUAUGAGCAAGUCCAGAAGAAACUGGGAGAAGUAGAGAAGCAGUUGGAAGAAGCCCAGCAGAAAAUUCACUUGAAUGACUUGGAAAGGAAUCACACUGGAGGAGCAGAUGAGUGGCAGAUGCGCUUUGACUGUGCUCAGAUGGAGAACGAGUUUCUCAGGAAGCGGCUACAGCAAGUUGAGGAGAGAUUGGACUCAGAGCUGACGUCCAGGAAAGAGCUGGAGCAGCAGCUCGGGGAGCUGCAGCAUGCUUACGAGGGGACCAAGAAGAUGGCUCACCAACUGAAGAGGAAGUGCCACUAUCUGACCUGCGACCUGGAGGAUACCCGCUUCCUGCUGGAGAACCAGCAAAGCCGAAACCACGAGCUUGAGAAGAAGCAAAAGAAGUUUGACAUGCAGCUGGCCCAGGCCCUGGGUGAGUCCGUGUUUGAGAAGGGCCUCCGCGAGAAAGUGACCCAGGAGAACACCAGUGUCCGGUGGGAACUGGGCCGGCUGCAGCAACAGCUGAAUCAAAAGGAGCAGGAGACCUCGCAGCUGCAGCAGGAGGUGGAGAUGCUGCAGGCCCAGAAGCGGGAGCUGCUGGAGGCGCCUUCUCUGGGGGAAAAUUGUGUCCCUGGCUUGAAGGAGAAGCUCUGGAAACUGGAAUCCAGUGCCCUGGAGCAACAGAAAAUCCAGAACCAGCAGGAAAACACCAUCAAGCAGCUGGAGCAGCUCCGCCAGCGGUUUGAGCUAGAGAUCGUGCGGAUGAAGCAGAUGCAUCAGAAGGACCGCGAGGACCAGGAGGAGGAGUUGGAGGACAUCCGCCAGUCCUGCCAGAAGCGGCUCCGCCAGCUGGAAAUGCAGCUGGAGCAAGAAUAUGAGGAGAAACAGAUGGUCCUCCAUGAGAAGCAGGAUUUGGAAGGCUUAAUCGGAACCCUCUGUGACCAGAUUGGUCAUCGGGACUUUGACGUGGAGAAGCGUCUUCGGAGGGACCUCAGACGGACUCAUGCGCUACUGUCAGACGUGCAGCUCCUUCUGGGGACCAUGGAGGAUGGCAAAGCAUCGGUGAGCCAGGAGGAGCUGGAGAAAGUGCACAGCCAGCUGGAGCAGAGUGAAGCCAAGUGUGAGGACGCGUUGAAGACCCAGAAGGCGCUGACCGCGGACCUGGAGAGCAUGCAUAGCGAACUAGAGAACAUGACCCGGAGCAAGAGCCUGGUGGAUGAGCAGCUGUACCGGCUGCAGUUUGAGAGAGCCGACCUCCUGAAGCACAUCGAUGAGGAUCAGGACGACCUGAAUGACCUCAUACAGAAGCACAAGGACCUCAUUGCUCAGUCCGCGGCUGACAUUGGUCAGAUCCAAGAACUGCAGCUGCAGCUGGAGGAAGUCAAGAAGGAGAAGCACAAGCUUCAGGAACAACUGCAGGUGGCUCAGAUGCGUAUUGAGUACCUGGAGCAGUCCACCGUGGAUCGAGCCAUUGUCAGCAGGCAGGAGGCGAUCAUCUGUGACCUGGAGAACAGGACGGAGUUCCAGAAAGUGCAGAUUAAGAGAUUUGAGGUCCUGGUGAUCCGGCUUCGGGACAGCCUGAUCAAGAUGGGUGAGGAGCUCUCGCAGGCGGUCACGGCCGAGUCCCAGCAGCGGGAGACCAGCCAGUAUUAUCAGCGGCGCCUGGAGGAGCUGAAGGCAGACAUGGAAGAGCUGAUGCAGCGGGAAGCGGAGGCCACCCGGAGGUGCAUGGAGCUGGAGAAGUACGUGGAGGAGCUCGCAGCAGUGAGACAGACCCUCCAGACAGACCUGGAGACGUCCAUCCGGAGGAUUGCCGACCUGCAGGCAGCCUUGGAAGAGGUGGCGUCCAGCGACAGUGACACAGAGAGUGUCCAGACAGCGGUGGCUUGUGGCAGUGGUGGCAAAAAAGAGAUAGAUAAUGUCUCCGUCCUCAGCUCCCAGCCGGAGGCCAGUCUGCAGUCGUGGUUGAGUUGUUCUCUCUCCCUGGCCACAGACACCAUGAGGACCCCCUCUCGACAGUCAGGCAUCAGCAGCCACAUCCUCAGCCCCAGGAUGAACGAGGAGGCCGGUGGUGCCAACAGGACCCAAAGGGCGUCGGCACUGAGCCGAGCCCAGGACGUCUCUAGCACGACCACGGGAGAUAAAUCCCCUUCGACCCUCUCCCUCCGCCGGCAAAAGUACUGCCAUUUUGGAGAAAGUGAAGAGUGUGAUGUCCAGAGAAAGCCCCCGGAGAGAUUAGGAGCUCUGUCUUCUCCAUCUUCUCGGAGGACAGACACAUCCCCGGUGUCUAGGGAAAAGCUGCCGAGUCCUUCGGCGGCCCUGUCCGAGUUUGUGGAAGAGCUUCGGAGAAAGAGGGCGCAGAGAGGCCAGCCGUCGACGCUGGGCCUGGAGGACUGGCCCACGCUCCCCAUCUACCAGACCACCGGGGCGUCCACGCUGAGGAGGGCCAGGGCAGGCAGUGACGAGGGACACCUCGCAGUGAGGUUUGGGGCAAUGUCACCCCUGGAAACUGAGGAUACCGCCGGGGCAUCCGCUGGUCUCCUGCGGUCCACCAGCCUGAAAUGCAUCUCUUCUGAGAGCGUGGAGGGCACCCCGCUGCUCCCCAAGAAGCUGAAGACCCGGUUCAGUUCCUGUGAGUCCCUCUUAGAAUCAGGGCCCAGCUCCGGGAGAAAACCGAGCUCCCCCACCACACCCAGGGACAUACUCUGGUCACCCACGCUGCGUCCUCGGAGGCGCUGUCUGGAGUCUUCCCUGGACGACACAGGCUGUCCAGACCUCGGGAAGGAGCCACUGGUCUUCCAGAACCGCCAGUUCGCCCACCUAAUGGGGGAACCUCUGGGCAGCGAUUCAUUCAGAAGCAAGUUCUCAGGCCUCAACUAUGAACGCAAGACCAACAUGGAUUUUGAUGACUUCCUCCCGGCCAUCCGGAAGCCCGAGACGUCUACGUCCUUGGCCGGAGUGGCCAAAGAUGGGCAAGACAAUUCACAGCAUUCAAGUGUCCACUUUGAGACGGAAGAAGCCGACCGGACCUUUCUCUCAGGGAUCAAGACCAUUUUGAAAAAGAGCCCGGAGGCCAAGGAGGACCCCUCUCACCUCUCCGACUCAUCUUCCUCCUCCAGUUCCGUCGUAUCCUUCAAAAGUGCCGACAGCAUCAAGAGUCGACCAAGAAUCCCACGGCUGGAGGGUGACGGUGGUGAACAAACGUCCUCCGACAACAGAGAGCAGGGGACAGGGAGGAAAGACGAAGAGGUGGAGAGCAUAAUGAAGAAAUAUCUCCAGAAGUAGGAACCGUCUCAGGCGUCUUCCUGAGUAAACUCAGAGCCACCCUGAUGAAGCUGGAUCUUUGAAAAGGUAGACCUUGGAACCAUAUAUCAAAAGGGCUGUUGGAACUCGCAAACUGAACAAAUGAGGGCGACCUCAAGAUCAAGGCCACCCAGUGAAUCUGCCGCCAACCCAGCCACCCUGACUCCCGCCCAGGUCAUUGCUCUUUGCCCUAAGGCAGGGCUGGCCUCUGACAGCCCCUCAAAGGGCAUGUUUCAAAGCUCGGGGCAGAGCACUGAGCAUCCACGUCAUGGCUCCUGACUGGAAUCCAAAGCCCCUUAGGUCAGUCUGGGUAGCACAGGAGCUCGUAUAAGAACCUCCCUCCACGUUCAGACACAAUGCAAACCGGUGAUAGCUUAUACCAGUGAUAGCUCGUGGCCACAUAAAUUUCCCUUAUCAAAUCUUAGAACUCACCGCCGCUCCGGGCUCAGGCUGCAGGUGGGCACUCAGCCCUCACCUUGCCGCAGGCCACAGCCCUCCCCCAAAAGGUGGCCUGGACCAAAAUGAGCCGUGCACGCUCCCCACUUCUGGACACCUGCUACUUCGAGAGGUACCCUGAGCGCAUCCAAAAGUCAUUGCCCCUUCCAUGGAGAUGGGCUCGGAUGUUUCCGAGCAAAUUAAUUUGACUUUACAUGGCCUUCUCUCUGCUCUCAAUUACCGCGGAGAGGUCGGAUAUUCAUUUACAUUAUUAUGCUCUCGGGGACCCAGAAUGCAGUUUCAAAGGCCAAGUAAAGGGCACGAGUCCAGAAGGGGAGCAGUGCUUAGCAGAAGUCGCCACAGAACAUCUUGUCUCUGCCAUUUCUUUUUAAACUCACGUCCCCGUCCCCCCUCCCAGCCACGCUCACCAUGAUGACCUGCCUAAAAAUUCACCUCGGCCCUGACUUCCAUGCUGGAGUCUUGAACUAGACAGGGCAGCCCUGGCCCCCAUGAUGCAUCUGUCUGAUGCGAUCCGGAACCAGACAAGCUCAGUCCUCCCUGUAACUGACCAUGAGAGCUCGGCCACGAGAUGUGACCUUGCUGAGCAUCUGUGUUCUCAGCUGGAAAAUGGAGAUAAUAAUACCAACCAGGUCAAGUAACAUUGUGAGUUGGAUGAGAGUGACAGGGGCUUCCCAGGACAGAGGCUGGUACCCAGGGGCUGCACGAAAUGUCAGGUUACCCUGCGCUGGCAAAUUCUGAUCCUUCAGGAACCCUCCCACUUGUUUCCCUUCUGCCACCUACACACGGUCACGCCUCGAGGUGGCAUCUCUCUAGGAAUCCCACCUGGAAAUACGGGCCUCCCCACACUGUCCCUCUCCUCAUCGAGACACACCUCCUGUGCCCCAUUUAUCAGCUCUGACCUACGUUUGU